AUGUCCAAACGCACCCUCGACACAUUCUUUUCAUCAACGCCGAAAAAGGCACGCGUGGUUGGACUCUCGCCACUUCCCAGCCUUGAGACGACGAACGACCGUAAGUAUGGCAUCGAAAACGAGGUGGAAGCAACAUCUGUACCUAUGAAGACGACAAACCACCCAACGUAUCCAUGGCCCAUACCCCACCUCCCGAGGCAUAUCGCCGAAGAGAUGGAACUUCUCGUGACGGCGCAAGGAACAGAAAUGCGAGACCAACCCGACCUUGACCUUCUCUAUUUCCAGCCAUUCAUCCCUAAGUCAAUCGCAAGAGACCUGUUCGAAUUUCUGCGCUCCGAGCUAUUCUUCUAUCGUGUCAGCUACACCAUCAAGCGCUUCGGCAAAGAAACUGUGAUCAACACGCCCCGAUUUACCACCGUGUUCGGCCUUGACGAGACCAGUCUAUUCCAGCCAGAUAAACACGACGCGAACUCGUUUCCAACCGGCAAUGCGUCAAAACUGCCAUCCAUCUUGGAGGCGUCUGACCCAUCCAGACCCGUCCGGAGGGAUAAAUAUAAAUGCAAGCCUCGUCCGAUCCCUGAAUGUCUGGACCUUCUGCGCCGGGUGACCGAGGCGUGUACAGACACGAAGUACAAUUUCUGUCUGGUGAACUACUAUGCCUCUGGUAGUGAUAGCAUCUCGUACCAUAGCGACGACGAGUAUUUCCUCGGUCCGAACCCGGCAAUUGCAUCGUUUACGCUAGGUGCGAGACGCGACUUCUUGAUGAGGCACAAGCCGCCUAAAGACAAGGGCAGCGAGCCGGGUGUAGAGACCAACGCCAAAGAUGUCAAGUUGUCUCUGAGCAGUGGAGAUAUGGUUCUCAUGCGUGGUCCGACCCAGCCGAAUUGGCUGCAUAGUAUUCCGAAGCGCAAGGGAGGUGAGGCCGACAAUGGCAGGAUCAAUAUCACCUUGCGUCGCGCGAUGAUACCAGCAGGUACAGAGAACUAUUAUCGCUAUAAUGUCGGUGAUGGCAGCGUGUAUAGAUGGGAUACUGUCCGAAGGGAGAUGGUCCUUUCGACGAAAGCGACAGAUUCAUGA